UUGCAGCUUUCUGUUACGUGGCUUUCCUGUCCUGCUGUGUCGUGGCCCGUGAUGGAGUAAUUGAAACCAUGGCAAGCAAGAACCUCAUGCAGCUGUCUUUUUCUGGAUCAAAAUGCCCUUAUUCUCAUUCCAUUAUUCCCUGACAAGCCCUCCACGUCCUGCUCUUUCCUUGCUUGUAGUGCAAGUGCCACUUCCAAGAGCUAGCUCACAAGGAACCACUACUCCCUUCCAUUUUCUUUGUUUUUCUACAAAAUAAAUGAUCUUCAACUUCUGAUAUCUCUCUCCCUGUUUCUUUCUCGCUUCAAGUGGAAGCUCGCAGAGGGAGGGAGGGAGGGAGAGAGAGCUAAAAUAAAAAAAAGGGAAAAUGGGUAUGGGCACCAGCAACUUUGUGAUCAGAUGGAUAAACUUUCUCACCAUGCUUUUAGCAAUAGCUGUCAUAAUUUUCGGAGUGUGGAUGAGCACACAUCACGACAGCUGCCGGAGGUCUCUCACUUUCCCUGUGCUGGGCCUUGCGGCUUUCAUAUUUGUAAUAUCAAUAAUUGGCUUCUUGGGCGCACUGAAGAACAACCCUGUACUGUUGUGGAUUUAUUUGAUUAUGUUGUGCAUCAUUUUGGUGGCUAUUCUGGUUUUCACUGUAUUGGCGUUUAUAGUAACAAAUAAUGGAUCUGGUCAUUAUGUCCCUGGUUUGAGGUAUAAGGAGUAUGAACUUCAGGAUUUUAGCUCAUGGUUUCUUAAACAGCUGAACAAUACGCAAAAUUGGAAGCGACUGAAGAGUUGUCUUGUGAAAUCUGAUGACUGCAAUAAUCUAUCCAAGAAAUACAAGACUCUUAACCAGUAUAAAUCAGCAAAGUUGACCCCUAUUGAAGCUGGUUGCUGCCGACCACCAUCUGAAUGUGGUUAUCCUGCUGUUAGUGCUUCAUAUUAUGAUUUGAGCUUCCACCCAAUCAGCUCCAACAAGGAUUGCAAACUUUACAAAAAUUCCCAGGCUACCAAAUGCUAUAAUUGUGAUUCCUGCAAGGCCGGAGUUGCACAAUUCAUGAAAACUGAGUGGAGAGUGGUUGCAAUCUUUAAUGUGAUUUUAUUUGUCGUCUUGUCAAUUAUUUACUUUGUGGGAUGCUGUGCAAGACGAAACGCUGCUGCAAAUCACUCUAAAGCUUGAAAGAGGACCUUUAUUGAAAAUGAUAGUCAUUUAUUGUUCCUGAGAUUAUACUGAUUAAUCUGCUGGUUGUUUUUCCACUCUUAGAAGUGAAAGAGCUGCAGUUGUAAAUUGUGUUCUGUAUUGGAUUGGAAAGUUUUUGGCCUGAGGCCUUCUGCCUAUAAGCAGUGCCUAUAAUCAUGUGAAAUUUACAAAACUAAGGUUAAAACCAAACUCAUCAAACACUUUUAAGUGACUUUCACAUGUGA